GGGAGCGGGGCGGGUUUGGGAUUUGGAUUUGGGGAUUUGGAGGCUCCAGGUGGCCCCGCGGGUCGGGCCCGCCCGGUCCUCGCACUCCCCAACCCGGAGGGGCUCGGGCUGCAGGAAAGCGCCCCGCGCUGCUUUACUCGGGGACGGGCAAACUCCCACCUCAGGCCCUGCAGCUUCCCCCGGCUCUGAACCCUUUCCCAGAUCCUGAAACUCUCCCCCAGGUCACCAGAACCCCCCAAAUCUGCUGCGGGGUGCGGCGCCAUGUUCGGCUCCUCCCGGGGCGGGGUCCGGGGGGGCCAGGACCAGUUCAGCUGGGAGGAUGUCAAGACAGACAAACAGCGAGAGAAUUACCUGGGGAACUCCCUGAUGGCGCCGGUGGGGCGGUGGCAGAAGGGCAAGGACCUGACCUGGUAUGCCAAGGGCAAGAAGGACACGGGGCCCCCGUUAUCCCGGGAGGAAGAGCUGGCUGCAGUCCGCCUGGCUGAGCAGGAGGCCAUGAUGGCAGCACUGGGCUACAAGAGCUUGAAGAGGCAGCCCACGGGCCUCAGCAAAGAGGACCUGGCUGAGGUGUGCAAGAGGGACGGCGGCGAGCGGGACGAGAAGGACGUGGAUCGGGUGGUGGGUUUGGGCAGCUCCAGUGGCAGCGCUGGCAGGGUGAUGCUCUCCAAGGAGGACAGAGAGGCGGCCAAGAUGGGGCUCUCGGUCUUCACGCACCAGAAAGUCUCCAGCAGCCCAGAGACAUCUGUCUCCAAGAAGAAGCAGGAAAAGGAGGAGCAGGUGGAGGAGAAACGACCUGAGAGCAGCAAAAAAUCCAAAAAGGAGAAGAAGAAGGAGAAAAAGAACAAGAAAAAGAAGAAACACAGGAAGGAGAAGAAGAAGGACAAGGAGAAGCAUUCCAAGAAGGAUGCUGCCCCCUCAUCCUCUGAUUCUUCUCCGGAUCGGGAUAAGAGGCACCACCGCAGGAAAACGCCGCAGCACUCGGAGGCGCCGCGGCACGGCAGCCGGCGGCGGCACGACACGGAAUCCUCGGCGAGCAGCGGCAGCGGCGGCCGCAGCCCCGCCCGCCGCCGCAGCCGGAGCAGGGACGGCCGCGGCCGCCACCCGUCCCCGCGGAGGAAGGGCAGGAAGAGGAGCCGGUCCCGCUCCCCACCGGCCCGCGGGGUCCGGCAGCGCCAUGACACCGACUCGGAGGACUGAGAGGGAGCCUGGGUUGUCUCAGGGACAUCUUCCAGAGAUUUAUAUUUUUUAAGUGAUUAAAUUAAGAAGGCCGCAGCCCCGCGGGUGCCAGGGCAGUGUGGCAAAGGGCAUAAGGUUGUGGUGCCAGCAGCCCCUUCCCUGCCUGCCCAGGGGCAGCACCAGUGGCUGUGGGGGCAGCAGGACCUGGGCACCCUUCCCCUCACCCCCUAAAAUCCAUCCAGGCAGGAGUGAGCACAGAGGAUGCUCUGGGUGAGGGCUGCUGCUGGGGUGGUUCUGGCUGUGGUGCUGAAAAUGCUGUGGAUACCUCGUGUUUAUGGAUAGACUUUGGAAGAGAUUAAUAUUAUUAUUGUUAUUA